UAUUUUGUACUUUUUCCAUCAGCAUAACAUUUUUUGCCCUCUCUCUCUCUCCUCCCCCCUACUUUUCUCUUGUUCAUUCCCUCAGCUACUACUACUUGCCGUUCUUUUUUUUUUUUUGUGGGGGUUAAUCGAUCCACCCGGUCUCUUUCUUUUUUAGCAACAGAAGGAAUUAGGGUUUUAUAUUGUUCUUCCUUCUCCUCUUUUGGCUCUUGAAUCUCGCGCUUGUGUUUUUCUUCUUGCUUCCCCUCUUUCGACAAUUCCUAGAUUCGCUGGUUAUUUUUAGGGUUUACAGAUCUAUUCAGCUGCUUUGCUUGAUAUUUUCCCAUCUUCACCAUGUUUUGGAAGCUCACGGCUCUGUCUACCUCUUCUCCCGUGGAAUCGAUAUUAGACAAGGAAAACUUUACUUUGGAAGAGCUUCUGGAUGAGGAAGAAAUAAUCCAAGAGUGCAAAGCUUUAAAUAGUCGACUCAUCAAUUUUCUACGAGAUAGAGCGCAAGUUGAGCAGUUAUUGCAUUAUAUUGUUGAAGAACCUCAGGAGGAUGCUGACAGCAAGCGGGCCUUCAAGUUCCCAUUCAUUGCCUGUGAGAUAUUUACAUGUGAAAUUGAUGUUAUUCUGAAGACUUUAGUCGAGGAGGAAGAGUUGAUGAACUUACUUUUCUCCUUCUUGGAACCAAACCGUCUUCAUAGUGCUUUGCUGGCUGGUUAUUUCAGUAAGGUUGUUGUAUGCCUUAUGCUACGGAAGACUGUUCCACUUAUGAACUACGUUCAAGUACAUCAAGAAGUGUUUCGCCAACUGGUUGAUUUGAUAGGAAUCACAUCCAUCAUGGAGGUUUUGGUUCGGUUAGUUGGAGCUGAUGAUCAUGUAUAUCCCAACUUUUUGGAUGUAAUGCAAUGGUUAGCUGAUAGCAAUUUACUGGAAAUGAUUGUGGAUAAAUUGAAUCCAUCAUGUCCUCCUGAGGUUCACGCUAAUGCAGCAGAAACGUUAUGUGCAAUAACACGAAAUGCCCCAUCAGCUUUAGCCACCAAACUCUCUAGUCCAAGCUUUGUUGGAAGGAUAUUUGGUCAUGCAUUGGAAGAUUCACAUUCAAAAUCUGGCCUUGUACACUCACUCUCAGUUUGUAUCUCAUUAUUGGAUCCAAAAAGAUCAGCAAUUGCAUCUCCCUUGAUGCAUUCUUUCCGAAAUCAACAUAUGUAUGAGCCUCCAAUCCCUGUAAAUUUGGAGACUAUCAAUGCAAUGCUACCUAAGCUUGGUGACUUACUCAUGCUUUUGAAUGUGUCAUCUGAUGAGAAAAUUUUGCCUACCACAUACGGAGAAUUGAAGCCUCCGCUUGGGAAGCAUCGUCUAAAGAUUGUAGAGUUCAUUGCCGUGCUGUUAAGAACUGGCAAUGAAGCUGCCGAGAAGGAAUUGGUCAGCUCAGGAACCAUUCAACGAGUUCUUGAUCUUUUCUUUGAGUAUCCGUACAACAAUGCAUUACAUCAUCAUGUGGAGAGUAUAAUAUUAUCAUGUCUGGAAAGCAAGAAUGAUUCAAUAGUGAAUCAUCUUCUUCAAGAAUGUGAUUUACUUGGGAAAUUUCUCCAAGCUGACAAAAAUCCAAUUCUUUCUGGUGACAGUAAUCAGCCAACUUUACCUGCUGCUGGAAAAUGUGCACCACGGGUAGGAAACAUUGGACACAUUACACGUAUUUCAAAUAAACUUUUACAGUUGGGAAGCAGCAACAGCUGCGUUCAGGCAUGUCUACAGGAAAAUAGCGAAUGGAAUGAGUGGCAAUCUAAUGUUCUGCAAGAACGGAAUGCAGUUGAAAAUGUUUAUCGAUGGGCUUGUGGCCGCCCAACAGCAUUGCAAGACAGAACAAGGGAUAGUGAUGAGGAUGAUGUUCAUGAUAGAGAUUAUGAUGUUGCUGCUUUAGCAAAUAACCUAAGCCAGGCUUUCAGAUACAAAAUAUAUGGGAAUGAUGACAAUGAAGAAGAUCAUGGUGCUCUCGAUCGAGAUGAUGAGGAUGUAUACUUUGAUGAUGAAUCUGCUGAGGUUGUCAUAUCAUCCUUGCGGCUUGGUGAUGACCAAGGGAGCAGUCUGUUCACAAAUUCCAACUGGUUUGCAUUCCAAGAUGACAGAAUCGGUAAUGCACCUGUGGCCACAUCCCCCACAGAGGUGAUGGAUGAGAUCAACUUGAAUGGCACCGCAAAUGGUGGUAACAGCAGUAGUGAUGAUGAGGUGGUAGUUGGAGAGGAGGAUGAGUUGAAUGAAAGCAAACAGUUAGUGAAUGGCACAUCUACUUCCAGUGCGAUGAAUGGAUUUAACAAUUUCAUGAGUGGUGGAGACUUGAAUCCACAAGGUGAGAGAGCAAAUGCUUCUCAUGAUAUGGGAUUCUUCAGGUUUGACACACCAGAAAACGAGGACUUGUUUGGAGGUAGGCCUUUACCUGAGUGGGUGGGAUGGGGAGAAUCUUCGGAUUUGCAAGUGGGUGGUUCAAGCAAGAACCCGUUUCUUGAUGAUGACAGCUUAGAUGUCAACCAACCCAGUCAUACUGAGACAGUGAUCACUGAAGUCGGGUCUCCCUCGAAUGGGGAACCUGUACUCCCUAACGGUUCCUCAGACUCCAUGGAUUUGAGUGACGGAUCAGCUAGCAGCAAUACAAGUCAGAAAUCUCCACCACCAGUGCCCUCUUUGUUCGAAGAGGAUGUUGAAUUUGUAGGCGUGGAAUUAGAAGGUACAGAGAAGGCAAUGGAACAAGCUUUGAAAGAAGGAAUAGUCGGGGAAGCAGGGCCAUUGAAGAGGAACAUUAUUCCAAAGGUACCAGAAAAGGAGAACUCCGACGAUGGUGGGGCUGGGAUGAAGGAGUUCAACGAUGCAAACUACUGGAGGGUCGAUCAAGAGGUUGCUGUUUUGGAGUAACGCCGGAGAAACAAGUCUCGUGGCUGAACCUGGGAAGUUGGAUCCGAGAACGACCUCACAUUUUUGGUUGACGAGAGGGGCCGAAGCAGCAAAGAAAUUCAUAAUGUACAGUAUAAUUUUGUUUCCAAAUGGGGAUUGAACGGUAGGCUGUGGCUUAUGGUUAAUUACACUGUUCAUUAGUCGUUUAUUGUUACUCUCUAUUGUUGUUUAUCAUUCAAGGUUUUGUUUCUUCCCGUUACUGCUUUUAAGGGUUUCCCCCGUCAAUCAUAUUUUUAAUCUUAAAUUUUAA